CUGUGUACCGUUGUGGCGAUAGAGUACGACACGUGCUACUCGAGCGGCGGCUCGGUGCAGACUGACGCGGUCCCGGGCUUAACGAGUGUGCAGUGGAAGCCUUCUCAACGUCACACAUACUUCUGUGUGAGUGACGAACUUGCAGAUUCCACUACUGCAGCGCGUUUGUGUUCGAUGGAUGUAAAAUACUCCCCAGUCGGCAUGUUUACGCUGGGCGAGACGGAUAUCGGCAGUAAGCAUCAGGUUCUGGCUUUGCUCAUUUAUUGUUGUGGACCAUGUAUGCAGUCGGGUGCAUAG